AUGAAGAGCUUUGUCCUCCAAGCGGCCCUCUUCGGCGCCGCUUUCGCGGCCCCCAACCGUCCCGGCUCCGGCUUUGCUCCCUUCGCCGAGCGUGCCACGGACUGCAAGUGCUUCCCCGGUGACAGCUGCUGGCCGUCUACCGAGACUUGGAAUGCCCUCAACACCACUGUUGGCGGCAGACUGAUUGCCACUGUUCCUCUGGGCUCGCCUUGCCAUGACCCUACCUACGAUGCUGCCACUUGCGCUACGCUGCAGAGCGAGUGGCAGGACUCUGAGAUCCACAUGGAGUCCUCGUCUUCCAUCAUGGCUCCCUUCUUCGCCAACCAGAGCUGCGACCCCUUCCAGCCGGAGUCGCGUCCCUGCCUGCUGGGCAACUACGUCGUUUACGCCGUGAACGCCACCACCGCCGAGCACAUCCAGGCCGCCAUCUCCUUCUCUCAGGAGCACAACAUCCGCUUCGUUGUCCGCAACACUGGCCAUGACUACCUUGGUCGCUCCACCGGUGCCGGUGCUCUGUCUGUGUGGACUCACCACAUGAACAGCGUCGACAUCGUUGACUGGGCUACCGCUGCCUACACUGGUAAGGCUGCCAAGAUCGGCGCUGGCACCCAGGGCUUCGAGGUUAUGGAGGUUGCUCACAACGCCGGUCUUGCCGUCGUCGGCGGCGAGUGCCCUACUGUCGGUAUUGCCGGUGGCUACACACAGGGCGGUGGUCACUCUGCCCUCUCGACCUCCUUCGGCCUGAGCGCUGAUAACGUCCUCGAGUGGGAGGUCGUUAUCGCCAACGGCACCCUUCUGACUGCCUCUAAGACCGAGAACGCCGACCUCUUCUGGGCUCUGUCUGGCGGUGGCCCCGGUAACUGGGGUGUUGUCACCUCCAUGACCGUCAAGGCUCACGCUGACGCCAAGGUUGGAGGUGCCACCCUCGUCAUCAUGGCCGCCGACAACGACAACGACGCCUUCUUCAACUCCAUUGAUGCCUUCCACGAGGAGCUCGCCGGCAUGGUCGACAACGAGACCAUGGUCGUCUACUACUUCGGCGCCACCUUCUUCCAGAUCGCGCCCCUGAACGCCUUCAACAAGACCUCCGACGAGGUCAAGACCAUCAUGGCCCCCUUCGUCGCCCGCCUCGACGCCCUCGGCAUCACCUACACCGUCAACUACUCCGAGUACGACAGCUACUACGGCCACUACGACAAGUACUUCGGCCCCCUGCCCAUCGGCAACAUCCAGGUCGGCAUCGCCCAGUAUGGCGGCCGCCUCAUCCCCCGCGACAACAUCACCAACAUCGGCUCCUUCUCCCGCAGCGUCGCCGCCAAGGGCGCCACCUUCAUCGGCGUCGGCACCGACGUGAGCAAGUUCGGCAACAAGGACACCAACUCCGUCACCCCCGCCUGGCGUAACACCCUCGUCCACGCCACGCUCACCACCGUCUGGAACUUCACCGCCCCCUGGGACGAGAUGCUCGCCAAGCAGACUCUGAUGACCGACGUCAUCAUGCCUGAGAUCGAGGCUCUCACCCCUGCUGGUGGCGCGUACAUGAACGAGGCUGAUUUCCAGCAGCCCAACUUCCAGAAGGAGUUCUUCGGCAGCAACUACAACUCCCUGGCGUGCCUGAAGAAGAAGUGGGAUCCCGAAGGAUUCUUCUAUGCUCGCAACGCUGUUGGUAGCGAGUCGUGGAGCGUUGCCAACGAUGGCAGGAUGUGCCGUGUUUAA